CGGAUGUGCACGGUUUCCCGGCUUGUCAAGCCGCAUGUAUCGUAAGUCCGUGCACUUAUAGGAGAGUGUCAGUGACAGUGGCUGCUGUAACAAGAGGGAGUUUAUUCCUGUAGUAAAGGAGACAGAGAGGCUUGACUUUUUGUAGUCUGUUAGAAGAAUGACAACUGUUUAAGACACUCAAGUCCAUUGGCAUUUUUAACGUAAUUUCUCGGUAUGGAAGACGACUUGGUCUCUGAAGAUGAUAUAUUACUUCUUUCAGAGAAAGAAUUUCAUAUGGCUGCAAAACGGAAUGAUGUAUCAAAAAUGGAAGACUUGAUAAGGAAAGGUGUUAACAUCAAAGCCAAAAAUUGUGCUGACAGGACUGCCUUGCACUGGGCUGCAGGAGCUGGCCACGAACAAGCUGUCAGGUUGCUUCUGGAUCAUGAUUCUGCCGUAGAUGAUGAGGAUAGUUUCGGUAUGAAUGCACUGCUGCUGGCUUCAUGGUUUGGUCAUGUACGAAUUCUUCAAAUCCUAGUGAAUGCUGGGGCAAAAAUAAACUGUGAAAAUAAGAAUGGGUUGAAUUUACUGCAGUGCGCUGCUCAGAGAGGUCACAUAAAGGUCAUGGAGUUUAUAAUGGAAGAUUUGGAAGAUGUGCAGCUUGAUAAAGUAGAUAAGAAUGGCAAAACAGCAUUCCACCUGGCUGCUGAGCAUGGGAAACUGGAAGUGGUAGAAUUCCUGAUUGGCUCAGGUUGUGCACACAGUAUUAAAGAUCUGGGCAAAAAUACAGCUUUACAUUUAGCAGCAAAAAAUGGGCAUGCAGAAGUCCUGCAAAAAAUUGUUGAAGUCGGAGUGGACCUCGAUGAUGCAAAUCAAGAAGGUCUCACAGCUUUGCAUUUAGCAGCAGAAGGAGGCCAUUAUGACUGCGUUAAACUGUUGUUGGAUGGUGGCUGUGACAUCAAUGCUCAGACAGAAAAAAACAUGACAGCCCUUCAUUAUGCUGCACAACAUGGACAUAAUAAAGUAGCUCAUCUUCUGGUGGACUCUGGAAUAAAUCUCGAUGCAGUUAAUCACCAAAAUGCCACUGCUUUACAUCUCACAGUACUUCAGAACUUCUGCUCCUUGGCAAAAUUACUCAUUGAUACAGAAUGUGCCUUGGAUAUUCCAGAUAAUAGGCAGCAAACUCCACUCCAUAUAGCUGCAGAGCAUGGAAGACAAGACAUAGCUGAAAUGAUUCUUAUAGCAGGUGUUAAUCUGAAGCUAACAGAUAAGCAAGGAAAAACAGCACUGGAAGUAGCAUCUCGUGGUAACCACAUCAACCUUGUAGAUAUGAUCAUCAAAGCAGACAGAUUUUAUAAAUGGGAAAAGGACAACAUGAACAGUGAUUCAGAUUCCUGGAUUGCAAAUCAUUUAACCUUCAAACAAGACCAUAAACUGGAAACACAACACAUUCGCUCUGUGAUGUGGAGGCUAGCCACUAGAUAUCUCAAAACUAAUGAGUGGAAGAAAAUGGCACAAUGCUGGAAGUUUACAGAUGGUCACAUACGGGCCAUUGAACAACAGUGGACAGGUACGAAAAGUUAUAAAGAACAUGGACACAGAAUGCUUCUCAUUUGGCUUCAUGGUGUUGUUAUGGCUGGAGAAAACCCAAUUAAAGGGCUGUAUGAGUGCCUUGUUGGGAUAAGCAGGAGAGAUUUGGCUGAAAGCAUAAGAAAGAAAGCAAAUGAGGGUGCAGAUGCUCCAAGAAAAUGUGUAACUAUGUGAAAAUUCAAAGGAGGACAAAAUGGUAUAAAAUGUGCAAGAGAAAAUAGCAGUGAUUUUGUGGUGCCAUACCCCAGAAGAGGAAAUGUCAUUAACAUAAUGAAUUUAGUACCCUGACUGCCAAAGUUUCCUUUGCUCCAGAGACAGAGAGAGAAACUAAGACCAAAACAGCACGUGGGAUCCAGUCAUUUUUCCAUGAGAGGCAAAAGUUGCAAGGGCUACUUGCUAUUAUAAAUGGCAAUUCAUUCUUUUAUCUUCGACCAAUUGAGUCGUUCACUGUAAAGGCCAAUGGCAUUUUGUAAUAAAGUCUUUGAUAACUGC